CGGUCAUGUCACUGGUCCGACAGAAUCGGGAACAGCGGCGGUGGGGGCCUUGCCACGUAAAGGUGCGCGCUCCAGACUGAGCUUGUGGUCAUCGUGGCUGCCAGCUUGGCCGAGACUGCCGACCCUACACAACGGUGUCCGCUUGCUUCAACCUGAUAGCAUGGCGUUUAUACCGCAGAGAAACCACCACACCGACGAUGUCGUAGCAACUGCAGUGACACGGAGGAUGCUGACGCCGCAUGCGAGCUCGUUCAAAUUACAUACAAUCCUCUUUUCUGGCCGUCGAUGGCACUCUACGAAGGCGUGCAGUCGAUCCAGAAGGCAAAAGGCGACAAAUGGAUCAGUUACGACUGCGACCGCUUCUCCGGCCAGGAAGGUCUGGGGGCCGAUAGACCUCGAGCCAACUACAUGGCGCAACUGUCAUUUCAGGUUGAAAUCGUCCUCACGGUGAUAUUCAGCAGCAGGUCAUCCAUCGCUGACGGCCGUUGCUGACUCAGAUGGGGGAUGAAAACAUCUCCAAGAAACGUUGGGAGACUUGUUGCUUCACCAGUGGUUGUUGGCCAGACGCGGAGGAAAUUCAAUGAGGUUCCCAUACUCGAAACGACGUCCACACACGACGACAACCAUGCAAACGUGCCGCUCGGUAGAGUGCACGUGCAGCAGUUCGCGAUGCCACCGACAGUUUGGAUUCAACUGACGACGGAAGUCCUGAGAUAUGCCACUCGAUGCCCAUGUGAAGGAGCCAUCACAGCGCUGCGCCAAACAACCGCCUCUAGACCCAACCUCCAUCCUUUGCAGUGGGUUUUCUUUAGGUUCGACGAUAAAUGCUCCAACUUCGAUCCUUCUCAAUCUGUUUCACAGCGAACGAGAACAUGCGACCGAAUUGCUUGAGCGCCUUGGACAAGAACAAGUUGUUCCGUUGCGCGUUAAGGAUUCCAAGGUUGACGUGGCCACAACAAAAGGACUCGGCCGUCGAUGGAGCCCACCUCGACGCCCCUUCGAUUCCACAUGCCACGGCCCCGAUGGCUUCGACUGUCCAUUCGUUGGUGGCGAUUUCGUCGCGAGCCCCGCGGACCAUCCCAUUCUUCAUGACACAAACAGUCAGGUCCACGGACGUCAAGAGCGUCGAUGGCAGUGGGCGUCGACGCGUCGCGGAGACUAUCGGGAACGCCUUCACGUUCGUGACGGCAACGACACAGGCAAAUGUCGCCACUUGGACGCGUCUUGCAGGAACUGGUGGGCGUCCUCGCGGCGGAGGCCCCCGCAUCCAUCGCUGCCACUUGCAAUGGGGACUUUUCCAGAGCGCGGUGGAUGCCAAGUCCUUUUCAAAAGACAAGAUUCAGGCAGUUGGGCGUGAUGGCGGCAGUCGACACCGCAAGCUCGAGGCCCAACGAUAGUUUCAUGUUAGUGUGCGAAGGAAGAAACGGCAAGUCGAGGGAGUCGACGGCCUCGUCCGUCGUCAAGACAUUUCCAGUAGUUGGUCCGAGCGGGCCGUGACGAUGUCCGCGUCAGGCAGAGUGCAUUGUGACGUGUCAUGAACUCGCAGUCACACUGGCAAGCGACAUUUUCAGCGCGGUACUUGCGAGUCCUCGCCCUUCCGCGCCAACGGCAGGUUCACGUCGGUACAAGGGCGCGCCAUCAAAGCGACAGUGCUCGAGACAUUGCGCAGUGUCUUGACGAGAUGGCGCAUUUGACAACGCGAACUGGACGAAAGGACGCAACUGCCAUCUAACUUUCUCGGCAGGGAUGAAGGACACGAUCGCAAUUGGGUUUUCAAACGCGAUGCCGUCACAAAUAUUGCCGUACGUUUGGUCAAAGCAUCGACGACGCCCGAUGCAAGUUGGACAGUUGCCACAAGGUUGGCGCGACUGGCCGGUUGGAAGCAAUCGCCAUCGUCGACUUCAGCGGCGAACGCGGCGCGCUGUCACCCCCAACACGAUGGGGUCGGCGUCCGAAUGAAGAAGCGACCCUUGUACUCGCCAUGGAUUCGGAAUCGACGCGUCCUCCAAACAACGUGCGCUCGAGUCGACCCAACUUGUAGGACACUUUAUGAACGCAGCUGUCGUCUGCUACAAUUUCAUCCAUCUCUCGA